UUUAUUACGUCCCAGUUAUAUAAAACUUUUCAGUGGUAUCUUAGUAUAAGUACUUUAGUUAUUAGUACAAAGUCGAGUACAAACUACAACUAUGACGAUGUAUGUACAUAUUGGAGAUAUAUAUCAUACAGUUAACACUCAGGACUUGCAGCAUCUGAAUAUCAUAAAGCCCAAAAAUAAAAAUGGAUGGUCCUCAAUUAGCCUUGGUUGUUAUGUUUGUGGCCUUACUUGGUUAUUUUGGUAGUAGAAUAAUUCACAGUAUACAAGGACCAUCGUAUGCUGAGAGAAUUAUCAAAAAUGCAAUGCCAGAUGAAGAACUAUUAAAACAUUCCGGUGAAUUCAGUCAACCAGAACUGAUUAAGGUUACUGAUGGUGUAUAUGUGGCUGUAGGAUUCGCAUUAGCUAAUUCGAUUUUGUUAGAAGGUCCCGAGGGAUUAGUUAUAGUUGACGUGACAGAAAGUAUAGAGAGUGCUGCAGAAAUAUUGAAGGUGUUCCGAAAUGUCACAGACAAACCAAUAAAAGCGCUGAUUUAUACCCAUAACCAUGCCGAUCAUUCAUAUGGGGCUAAGGCAUUCAUAGAGGACGAAGAUAACCCGCCGGAUAUAUGGGCUCACGAUGGAAUUCUUGGAGAGUUUACUCGAGUAUUCUCAACCGUCAACGGUGCUACUUACAAACGCUCAAUGAGACAAUUUGGGGUCCAUUUACCAGGCCAAAUAAAUGCUGGUAUUGGAUUGAAAUUAAGAUAUGGUACAGAUCAAGCAACUUUUGGUGUUGUUUAUCCCACACAUUUUGUUCAUGAACAGAAAACAGAUUUAGUUUUAGCUGGAAUCAAUAUGACGAUUAUACAUAUUCCCGGAGAAACAGACGACCAGAUAGGUGUGUGGAUUCCUGAAAAACAGGUUCUUUUAUGCGCAGACGACAUUUAUAAAGCAUUUCCAAAUCUUUAUGCUAUUCGUGGCACACCCUCCCGUGAUUUAAUGCAAUGGGUUAGAUCAUUAGAUUUAAUGUUAACUUAUGACACACAACACUUAGUUCCCAGCCAUACUCGACCUGUGAGUGGCAAAGAAAAUAUAAGGGAAAUAUUAACAGUUUAUAGAGAUGCGAUUCAGUAUAUCCACGAUCAGACUGUACGAUAUAUAAACCAAGGCUUCACAUCAGAGGAAAUUGUUGAAAAAGUAGCAUUGCCAAAAAAUUUAGCCAGACACCCAUAUUUAAAAGAAUUUUAUGGAACUGUUGCGUGGUCGGUAAAAGGUGUUUUUAAUUCGUAUCUAGGGUGGUUUAGUGGCAACCCUAUAGAUCUCCAACCUUUAACAAUAAAGAGUAAAUCAGAACGAAUGGUAAAGCUAAUAGGAGUUGAUAAAAUGUUAGAAGCAGCAAAAAAAGCACUAAAAGAAAAAGACUUUCAAUGGGCUUUAGAAUUAUCUUCAUAUCUUCUCAUAAUUCAUUCAGAUAACUACGAAGCAAGAGACAUCAAAAUAGAUGCAUUGACUUAUCUGGGUGCAAGGCAAGUAAGCGCCUGUGGAAGAAACUAUUAUUUAACUUGUGCGUUCGAAGAAGCAGCUGAAAUAGAAAUACGGAAUUCCGAGCGCAAUAGACAAAUGGGAAUUAAAACGCUUCCUAUAAGACAGUUAUUCAUGGCAAUGCCUGUUAAAUUUAAAGCGGAGGAAUGUAUGAAUGUUAACAACUCUUUGUUAUUUUCAUUUUCUGAUACCGAUGAUAACGUUAAGUUAACAAUCAGAAAUUCGGUUGCCAUUGUUUCAUUUCACCACGGUAAAGAACCGUCAUAUGAUGUGAAGAUAACAGUUACGGAGAAAGUAUUUCGGGAGUUAAUAUCGAGUAGAAUGCGGGCAAUCACAGCUUACGGGACGGGUGAAAUUAUCAUAGACGGUGGAAUAAUGAAAUUUAGAAAUUUGAUGAAUUGCUUUGAAAACAGAUAGAUUUUUAAAACUAUUCAAACCUCAAUUAAAUGAAACUCUAAAUCCCUACACGUUCAAUUGUUUAAAGGCUUCUUUUACCCCUUCAUUUCUCCGAUAGAUACGUCAGUGAUAUUUCAAAAGACAGGCAAAUGAAAAAUAAUACUUUUUACAGGAAAGGACUGAUUAUUAAAUAUUAAAAUUGAAGAAAAGUGUAUUUUAAUAUAAUAAAGAUAUUUCUGAUAUUUUGAGAGGAAAUUUGAGGAAAAACACAAUCACUCUGAUAGAAAAAAAACUUUAGUUUCAGAAAUAAUAGUGGCUUUUACAAAUGACUAUCUAAACUCCUAAAGGUUGUUUUAGUGCAACACUAUGUUAAUUUAAGUGUAAAAAAUAUGUUUUAUAUGGCCAUUACACCCUUUGUUGGUAGAAAAAUAGUUUUUGCCUUUUUAAAUACUAUUAUGCAGAUACUGACUCGGGUCUGAAGACUACAUCGUGUGAAUUUAUUCAAGGUUGCAUGAAAGAUAUUUGAAUUUCAUUACAAAUCAAUCUAAUGCUCUAUUAUUCAAAUAUGAAAUGUGAUUUUUUUUUGGUUGUAAAAUGGAGAUUUUUUAGUUAAAUAUAACUUUAAGAAUUAUUUGUCUGCUUCAUGUGUGUGUGACUGUAAAUAUCUUACAUGUAGAUGCAUGCACAAAUAGAAUGAAAGUCGAAUGCAACCUAUGUGUU